CCCCCCGGGCUCUGCCCCCCGGCCCCGCUCCGGGCCCGGCCCCGCUCCGGCAGCGGCAGCGCGGGGCUGAGGGGCGGCCAUGGGCCGCAGCCGCUCCCGGUCACCGCCGCGGCGGGAGCGCCGGCGCUCGCGCUCCGCUUCCCGGGACAGGGACAGGCGGCGGCGAGAGCGAUCACGGUCCCGGGACAGGGACAGGAGGAGGAGCCGGUCCCGCUCCCCGCACCGGAGACGAUCCAGGUCCCCACGCCGGCACCGCUCCAGCUCCUCGUCACCGGCACGGCCCAAGGAGCGUCGGGAUGAGGAGAAGAAGGAGCUCAAGGACUCCAAGAAGGAGCGGCAGAUCACAGAGGAGGAUUUGCAGGGCAAGACAGAGGAGGAGAUCGAGAUGAUGAAGAUGAUGGGUUUUGCCUCCUUUGAUACCACCAAGGGGAAGAAGGUGGAUGGCGCUGCCAAUGCCUACGCCAUCAAUGUGUCCCAGAAGAGGAAGUACAGGCAAUACAUGAACAGAAAAGGAGGAUUCAACAGGCCCCUGGAUUUCAUCGCCUGACACUGGGACACGACUCCCACCACGGAAGAAUUUCGCUUCCCUGCACUCUCCUGGGAGAGCUCUGAUGCUGGAUUUGGAAUUGGUGUUAUUCCCAACAAAUUCCACAGCCAGAGCCAUCAGGAGUUUCCAUUUCCCAAACUUCUGUUAUUAUUUUUUUUACAAAAGAAGUCAGUUUCUGGCUGGGAUUUUGCUGUGUUUUCCCUGUUUUUUGGUGUGUUUCCCUGUUAAUAAAACCCCAGAUGUAUUUUUUCCUUUAA